AUGCCUUCACUCAGGACUUUGGGGAAACUUGCAUUGGGUGGCGCGCAGAUGGUGCUGGCGCAGGGUGCGGUGAACCCUUUUCAGUCGUGUUCGAAUCCGCAGUUGAGUUGCCAUAAUACAACGGUGGUGGAGAAUCUGUGCUGCUUCAAUGCGCCCGGUGGACAGCUGCUGCAGACGCAGUUCUGGGAUACACAUCCCGUCACAGGUCCGGUCGACAGCUGGACGCUGCAUGGUCUAUGGCCAGACCGCUGCGACGGCACCUAUGAUGCAAACUGCGACUCCUCGCGCUCCUACUCCAACAUUUCCGCAAUUUUGAAAUCCUUCGGCGCAGACGACACCCUCUCCUUCAUGCAGACCUACUGGAAAGACUACCAAGGCAAAGACGAGUCCUUCUGGUACCACGAAUGGUCAAAGCACGGCACCUGCAUUUCCACGCUCGAGCCAGAGUGCUACACCGAGCACAGGCCCACCGAAGAAGUCGUUGACUACUUCAACCGCGCUGUCUCGCUCUUCAAGACACUUCCGUCAUAUGAAUGGCUGGCUGCUGCGGGAAUCACACCCAGCAGCUCACAGACAUACACAUUCCAGGCUAUCCAGGAUGCGCUAGCAGCGAAGAGACCGGGCGUGGAGGUAACACUGGGCUGCAAGUCCGGCGAGCUGAACGAAAUCUGGUACCACUACGACGUGCGCGGCUCUCUGCAGACGGGCGAGUUCGUAGCUGCCAACCCCGACGGCACGAAAUCAACUUGCCCUACGACGGGUAUCAAGUACCUCCCCAAAUCUGCAAGCCAGCCUACUGCGACCAGCACCACCAUUGGCGGCCCGGCGCCCACAAGUACUUCUGCACCAGGCACACCCUUCAGCGGAAAGGGAUAUAUCAACGUUGAAGUUGGCGGCGCGAAGAAUGGCUGCAUCAUCAGCAAGGGCACGUGGUACACCACCGGUACCUGUGCGACAUUCACAGCUACCGAACUUGACGACGGCUUCACGCUGACGAGCUCGAAGGGCAAGUGCGGCAUCGUUGGAGGCGCCCUGACCUGCGAUGCGAGCGUGAGCAGCGGAACUGGGUUCACUGCUGUUGACGGUAAUCUGGCAGCUGACGGAAACGCCGUGUGGAGUGCGGACAAGGCAGCGAGUGGAAGCACGCAGGUGCCCGUGUAUGCUGGUGGGGAUCAUGCGCAGCAGUUUGCUUUGACGUGGCAGAGUGCGUAG